GCCGUUCCUCACUGUACUCCUUUGAUGGAAGUGCUGUUGAGAGUCACCUUCUUCCUUACACAGGAGGUAAUGGAGGCCCAAAGGUAUUGUGGGCUGUAAAGGCAGUGUCCUUGUGGAGGUGGAGCCCAGAUUUUCGAACUCCACAGUCAAAAGCUCAGACUUUGGCAGGAGGGCCUGAAAAUCAAGGAUGAGAGCCCGACCUUCUGAGGAGCGCUGUCAGAAAUCCUGGAUUGAAGGAGUAUUCUGCAAGAGAGAAUGUAACAAAUUCAUACCCAAUUCAAAAGACCCUCACAGAUGUACUCCAGGAUGCCAAGUCUGCCAGAAUUUAGUAAGGUGUUACUGUGGCCGCCUGAUUCAAGAACAUCGUGGGGUAGACUCCACCUGGAGCUUCUCGUCUGCUGGAGGCAAUGCAGAUGAACAGUGGUCUGUUGAGAAACACACAGUGAAAAGUCCUACAGAUACUUUUGGCACCAUUAAUUUCCAAGAUGGAGAACAUAUCUACCACUCCAAGUAUAUCAGAACUUCUUGUGACACAAAAUCAGAUCAUUUGUUGCAUUUAAUGUUGAAAGAGUGGAAUAUGGAGCUGCCAAAGCUUGUGAUCUCUGUCCACGGGGGCCUCCAGAACUUCAAGAUGCCCUCCAAGCUUAAAGAGACCUUCAGCCAGGGUCUGGUAAAGGCUGCAGAGACCACAGGAGCCUGGAUAAUUACAGAAGGCAUCAACUCAGGAGUCUCCAAGCAUGUUGGGGAUGCUCUGAAAGCUCAUUCCUCUAAGUCCUUGAGGAAAAUCUGGACAGUUGGAAUCCCUCCUUGGGGUGUUAUUGAAAACCAGAGAGAACUGGUUGGAAAAGAUGUGGUGUGCAUGUACCAGACUCUGGGCCACCCACUCAGCAAACUCACCACACUUAACUGCAUGCACUCUCACUUCAUACUGUGUGAUGACGGGACCGUGGGCAAGUAUGGAAAUGAAAUGAAGCUCAGGAGGAAGCUGGAGAAGCAUCUCUCUCUGCAGAAGAUACACAGCAGCUCAAGACAAGGUGUGCCUGUGGUGGGGCUGGUGGUGGAAGGAGGCCCCAAUGUCAUCCUCUCAGUGUGUGAGACUGUCAGGAACAAAGAGCCUGUGGUGGUGUGUGAGGGCACUGGCAGGGCUGCGGACCUCCUGGCCUUCACCUACAAACACUUGGCAGAUGAAGGGAUGCUACGCCCUCAGGUGAAAGAAGAAAUCAUCUGUGUGAUUCAGAACAUGUUCAACUUUAGCCUUAGACAGUCUAAGCAUCUUUUCCAAAUUCUAAUGGAGUGUAUGGUACACAGGGACUCUAUGACCAUCUUUGAUGCUGACUCUGAAGAGCAGCAAGACCUUGACUUGGCCAUCCUUACUGCUCUGUUGAAAGGCACAAGCUUAUCAAUAUCAGAACAAUUAAAUCUGGCAAUGGCUUGGGACAGAAUGGACAUUGCCAAGAAACAUAUUCUAAUUUAUGGACAACAUUGGAAGCCUGGUGCCCUGGAGCAAGCAAUGCUAGACGCCUUAGUGAUGGAUCGGGUGGAUUUUGUGAAGCUCUUAAUAGAGAACGGCGUGAACCUUCACCGCUUUCUCACCAUCCCCCGACUGGAAGAGCUCUAUAACACAAAACAAGGACCGUCUAAUAUGUUCUUGCAUCAUCUUGUUCAAGAUGUAAAGCAGCAUACCCUUCUCUCGAGCUACAGAAUAACCCUGAUUGACAUUGGGCUGGUGAUAGAGCACCUCAUUGGUGGAGCGUACCGCAGCAGCUACACUCGGAAGAGUUUUAGAGGCCUCUACAACAACCUCUACAGGCAACAUAAGGGAGUGACGAGCUUUUCUCAGAGCCUUUCCAAGCACCCUGCUCACCAGAGACAUUCAUUGGGAAAUAUAAGGGAGUCUGCAGAAAGCACGCUGCAUUCCCAGUUCUUUAGGACUGCCCAGCCCUACAAAUCCAAGCAGGACAAGCCUGGAGUUUCUCAUAUAUUAAAAAAAUCAAAGGAAAGACAUAGCCAUUCAGAGGACCCUGAGUCUACGUGCUUUAUCUACCCAUACAAUGACCUGCUGGUUUGGGCUGUGCUGAUGAAAAGGCAGAAGAUGGCCAUGUUCUUCUGGCAGCAUGGGGAAGAGGCCACGGUGAAGGCAGUGAUUGCUUGUAUACUCUACCGAGCUAUGGCUCGGGAAGCUAAGGAGAGCAACAUGGUGGAUGAUACCUCAGAAGAGCUGAAAAAUUAUUCCAAACAGUUCGGCCAGCUUGCCCUGGAUGUGCUGGAGAAGGCCUUCAAGCAGAACGAGCCAAUGGCUAUGAAGCUGUUGACCUACGAACUAAAGAACUGGAGCAAUUCCACCUGCUUGAAGCUGGCGGUGACUGGAGGGUUACGCCCCUUUGUGUCACAUUCUUGUACUCAAAUGCUGCUGACGGACAUGUGGAUGGGGCGCCUGAAAAUGAGGAAAAACUCUUGGCUGAAGAUCAUCAUAAGUAUCCUCUUACCACCCACCAUUUUGACAUUGGAAUUUAAAAGCAAAGCUGAGAUGUCGCAUGUUCCACAGUCUCAAGAUUUCCAGUUUACAUGGAAUUACAGUGACCAGAACCUCAGUAGCACCAAAGAAAGUGCUUGUGUGAAAGACUCUGAUUUGGAAAGAGGACCUGAUGAGAAACCGGAUGAAAAUCAGCACUUCAGCUUAAGAAAUGAGCCCCAGAGCCUGCCUUGGACCAGGAGAAUCUAUGAGUUCUACAGUGCUCCCUUCGUCAAGUUUUGGUUUUACACGAUGGCUUAUUUGGCAUUCCUCAUGCUGUUCACUUACACGGUACUGGUAGAGAUGCAGCCCCAACCCAGCGUGCAAGAGUGGCUUGUCAUCAUUUAUAUCUUCACCAAUGCCAUUGAGAAGGCCAGGGAGAUUUGCAUUUCUGAACCAGGGAAGUUUACUCAAAAGGUGAAGAUGUGGCUGAGUGAAUACUGGAACUUAAUGGAAACUGUGGCUAUUGGCCUAUUUUUGAUUGGAUUUGGUCUUCGCUGGGGUCGCCCACCUUUGUACACAGCAGGAAGACUCAUUUACUGCAUAGACAUCAUAUUCUGGUUCUCUCGGCUCAUGGACUUCUUUGCUGUGAAUCAACAUGCAGGUCCUUAUGUGACCAUGGUUGCAAAAAUGGCAGCAAACAUGUUCUACAUUGUGAUCAUGAUGGCCAUUGUUCUGCUGAGCUUUGGUGUGGCACGCAAAGCCAUUCUUUCACCGAAGGAGGCUCCGUCUUGGAGACUGGCUCGAGAUAUCGUGUUCGAGCCAUACUGGAUGAUGUAUGGUGAAGUGUAUGCUUCUGAGAUAGAUGUUUGUUCAAAUGAAGCAUCUUGCCCUCCGGGUUCUUUUCUUACUCCAUUCCUGCAAGCUGUCUACCUCUUUGUGCAGUACAUCAUCAUGGUGAACCUGCUCAUCGCUUGCUUCAACAACAUUUACUUAGAUAUGAAAUCCAUCUCAAAUAAGCUGUGGAAAUACAAUCGCUAUCGCUACAUCAUGACCUAUCACCAGAAGCCCUGGCUGCCCCCACCCUUCAUCCUGCUGAACCACCUGUGCCUGCUCCUCCGAGGUCUGUGCUGUCGUCGUCGAGCACUGCAGGACCAGGAAGAGGGCGACGUAGGACUAAAACUGUACCUAAGUAAGGAAGAUCUGAAAAAGCUUCAUGAUUUCGAGGAGCAGUGUGUGGAGAAAUAUUUCCAUGAGAAGAUGGAAGGUCUGGAUUGUAGCUCUGAGGAACAAAUCCGAGUGACGUCAGAAAGGGUUUCAGAGAUGUUCUUCCAACUGAAGGAACUGAAUGAAAAGGUGUCUUUUAUAAAGGAUUCCCUCCUGUCCUUGGACAGCCAGGUGGGACACCUGCAGGAUCUCUCUGCCCUGACUGUGGACACCUUGAAGGUCCUUUCUGCUGUUGACACCUUGCAAGAAGAUGAGGUUCUUCUGGCCAACAGAAAGCAUUCUUCUGGCAGAAAACGUCCCCACAGCUGGACAAACGUCAUCUGUGCAAAUGUUCUAGGCGGCAAGGAGAGCUCUGGAGAGAAGGAAUUCCAGUUCUAUAGCAUGCCCCCUUCUUUGCUGCAGAACUUAGCUAGAAGCCAGCUUCCCCCAAGAGAGAAGAGAGGUACCUUCCUGCAGACUACACACAACAAGAGAGAGGCCUCCCAUGUAAGAGAAGACCAGGAGAAGCAAGAAACAGAAUCAAGUACAGUUGCCUCUGGGGUAUCCCAUGUCAGUCAAGCACACUCUAGGUAUGGCCAGUUUCUUCUGGUCCCUUCUUCUGAAAAGGAAGUUCACUUGUCUUCAGAAACUGUCUCACCUCUGAUCAGACCGUCUGAAGAGGCAGAUGCAGAUGCUCUGGUAAAGGAACAUACCUCCCAAAGGGAGGUCCCUGUCCAUCUGCCUGAGCAGACCCCUACUGCCUCCCAUCAGCCAUUGGUGGCUGAACGCAAAGAGCAGCAUGAACCAGUCACACAGACAUCAGACAAACAUGACAAGGUAGAGCAAGGUUCCUCACUCACUUUGAAUUGCACAUCUGCAUGCAUGACAAUGACCUCUCUCCCUUCUCCAGUCAUGAACUUGGAAACUGAAGGUGGAUAUGUGAACUGGGCAUUUUCAGAAAGUGAUGAAGCUGGUGUGUUUAGUUUCAGGAAGAAAUGGCAAACCUGCUUGCCCACCAUUUGUAACACUACUCAGGGAGGAGAAUGCCCCGGGAAGAUCCGAGGCAGGUUCCUAUUGAGUAACUCAAGAAGACUGGCCCAGAGGAAUGAUUGCUCAGCCGUGGUGGGGCUGCGGCCUCAGUCAAGGUGUUUUUGGAUCAAUCCUCUCCGCAGAAACAGACUUCUCUUUAGGAGUCAUAGUUUCAGAUUCCACAAGGAGGAGAAACUGAUGAAGAUCUGUAAACUGAACAGUCAUUCAGGAUCCUCAGAGACAGGGAUCAAAGCAAAACUCCUAAUGAAAGACAGGAGCCUGUCAAAGAAAAAGAAGAGAACUCAAGGCUUCCAGGUGCCUGUCAUAACAGUCAACACCUGCUAUCAAAGUGACCAACUGAAUUCAGAGCCAAAUGAAAACAACACUUCUGAAGAGAAUUGCAGCAAGAAGCUUCUGUCAGUGUCCCAGUUCAGCCAGAUAAGUCCAGAACCUUAUAUGUGUCAGAAAAGGAAAAUGAAAGAAAUUGAGCAACAUUCCGCACAAGUCGGUGAUCACCUGAAGCGGUCUCAAGAGGACCUGGGUGAAAACUCUUUGUGGAAUUCCUGGAGCACCAGCCUCUAUAGGAAUUUCCUGAUGAGAAGCCCAAAUGAAGUUGACAAGAUCUCAGCCUCCUUAAAAAGCCCUCAAGAGCCUCAGUAUCAUUAUUCAGCCAUUGAAAGGAAUAAUUUAAUGAGGCUUUCUCAGACUAUACCAUUUACACCAAUCCAGCUGUUUGCAGGGGAAGAAGUGACCAUCUACAAGCUAGAAGAGAGCUCUCCUCUGACCCUCGAUAAAAGCAUGUCCUCUUGGUCCCCGCAUGGGAGAGCCGCAAUGAUCCAAGUGCUGUCACAAGAGGAGAUAGAUGGGGGCCUCCGCAAAGCCAUGCGGGUCAUCAGCACUUGGUCUGAGGACGAUGUUCUCAAGCCCGGGCAAGUUUUCAUCGUGAAAUCCUUUCUUCCUGAGGUUGUGCAGACGUGGCAUGAAAUCUUCCAGGAAAGCACUGUGCUUCAUCUUUGCCUUAGGGAAAUUCAGCAACAAAGAGCUGCACAAAAACUAAUCUAUACUUUCAACCAAGUGAAACCACAAACCAUUCCCUACACACCAAGGUUCCUGGAAGUUUUCCUAAUCUACUGCCAUUCAGCCAACCAAUGGUUGACCAUUGAGAAGUACAUGACAGGGGAGUUCCGCAAGUACAACAACAACAACGGGGAUGAAAUUGCCCCCAGCAACACCUUGGAGGAACUGAUGCUGGCUUUCUCCCACUGGACCUACGAGUAUACUCGGGGAGAACUGCUGGUUUUGGAUUUACAGGGUGUUGGAGAAAAUUUGACAGAUCCAUCUGUUAUAAAACCUGAAGAUAAACAAUCAAGAGGAAUGGUGUUUGGACCGGCCAAUUUAGGGGAAGAUGCAAUUAGAAGCUUCAUUGCGAAACAUCGCUGCAACUCCUGCUGCCGGAAGCUGAGACUCCCGGAUUUAAAAAGAAAUGAUUAUUCCCUGGGAAGUGAGAAUUACAAAUCUGGACUUGAGAAAAAAUCAAAACCACCUGAGGGGAUUCCAGCAGGAGAAAGAAGCAGAAGUUCCCUGGAAGACCAUACACGACUGUAAAAAGUGUGACACAAGAAGUGA